UGGAGCAGGAAUGUGAUGAUACAUUAUGGUGCUGGUGUUAGUGUUGGUGUACUAGCAUCUGUUUUAUUGUUGAUAUAUAUACUACAGCGUUUCCUACCACAGAAAUUGAAAUCUGUUGGAUACAUAUCAAUGUUAAUUGGUGGAUCGGCCUCGUUAUUUAUGUUACAAUGGAUGUCGACACGUAUACAGGAUAUAGUCCACGAUAACUGGCAGUACGCACUCGGCUACGUGUUAGUCACGGGAUUGAUUAGUUUCGCAUUAGUUUAUAGAUACGGACCCGUGAAAGAAGAUCGAUCGUUAAAUCUGUUACAAUGGAUGUUACAGAUUAUAGGCCUAGCGUUAAUAUAUAACGGAACUCAGAUAGCGGAAGCAUCUAUAGCUAUUAUUAUUCUAGUUAUAUCCGUCUAUAUGUUUCCUGCUACUAAAUUUAACAAAUUAAAACAGAGAUUUACAUAUAAACUUUUUCCACCAAAGCCGCGAUUUUUAACAGAAGAAGAAUACGAGGAAGAAAGAGAUAGAGAGACAGAGAAAGCUUUAGAAGAAUUAAGACAAUAUUGUAAAAGUCCCGAGUGUCAAACAUGGAAGGUUAUUAGUCGAAUUAAAUCUCCGAGCAAAUUUGCUAGUUUUGUCGAAGGUGAAGACCAUUUGUCUGACGACGAUUAUCAUUAUCACAGUGAAUACUCACACCUGCUUCCUCACAGUGAUGACGACGACGAUAUGUCUGAAAUAGAUUUUAGACUUACCUCCCCUUGAUACCACCUGUAUUUUAUAUUUACUCAUGUCAUUAGGGUUUUUAAAUUUUUUGAAUUCAAUUCUAAACAAAUUUCUCAGGUUUAUGCUGGUAACAAAGAGAACGUAUUAUAUCAAAUAUUGUCGAAAUUUUAAGUCUACAGUAUUUCUCGAUUUUUGUGCUGUUGAAAAUUUGUGGAUUGAAAAAAAAAAGGAUGGAAACCCUUUGACUUUGUUCACAAAAAUCUAAACUAAGGAUCAAAGCCAAAAAAAUAGCAGCAUCUCUAGAAUUCCUGACUUAAGUCGUUAAAGAAUAAGAGUCCCAAUUUUGUUACAUCUUUGUUCAUGAAUUACCACUGUAACCCGGGUAUCAUUUAAUCUUGUGUAUCUAGCACA